CAUCUUUGGAGCGCGCGCCCACAUGGCCAUACGCGCAGGCCGCGCCCUUAUCCCUUCGUGGUUCCGGCCCUAUAUAUAUAAUCCCACACGUACGCUCUCCACGAGAAAACUCGAACACAUCGGCACACCACGCUAAGAACACGUAGAGUACGUCCGUGCGUAGAGGCGCUGAGGCGAGCUACAUUGGCCACCGAUGGCACGUAGCUUCCUCCUCAGCUUGUCGCUGCUGCUUGUCGUCUCGUACUGCUGGUGCGGCCAACACGCCUGCGCGGGCGCAGUGCGGCCGGCGCCGUUGUUUGGCGAAGGCGGCGGCAACGCGAGCUUCGUGAGGGCGUGGUGCGCGAGGGCGGCGGAGUACCCGGCGCUGUGCGACUCGACACUGUCCCCGUACGCGGCCUCUGUGGGGGACAGCCCGGCCCGCCUGUCGUGGGCCGCGCUGACGGUGGCCCACGACGGCGCGCGCAACGCCACGUCGGCCAUGAGGGCCAUGGCAGCAGCAGCAGCCCGGGGGAGCAACGGCGCCCUGCCUCCCGUGGCGGCGGAGGCGGUGCAGGACUGCGUGAGCAUGCUCGCGGACGCCGCGGGGGAGCUCGGGGACGCCGCGGACGCCAUGGCGCGCGUGGUCGAGGCGGAGCAGGAGGAGAAGGAGGCCGGCGGCGGCGGGAAUUCGAACGACGCGCAGGCGCAGGCGAGGAGGCGGAGGAGAAGGUUCGAGGUGGACAGCGUGCGGACGUGGGCCAGCGCGGCGCUGACGGACGGGGACAUGUGCGUGGAAGGGUUCAAGGGCGAGGCGGCGGGGAGCGGCGGGAGGAGGGAGGCCGUUCGCGGCCACGUCGUGCGCGUCGAACGCCUCGCCGCCAACGCGCUCGGCAUCGUCAACGCCAUGGCCGAUGAUGAUGACCAGACGCCGCCGUAGCUAGCUAGGCGAGGAGAUAUGUACAUGCAUGCGUGAUCGACGGUGGUACGCGCGUACACGUACUACAUUCGCCGUGAUACAAUGUAAAACUACAAGUACGGAGUAUGUCUUUUUUUUAGAAAACAGGGACCUAAUCCCCGGCCCCAUCUAUUAAGAUGAAACCCCGCCAAGCAGGUUCAUACAAACA